CUCCAAAAUCCUGAAAGACGAAGAACAUGAAUCCUCCAACAAAUACAGCUGCUAAGGGCGCAGCAACCGAGCCGGCCCCGGCGGAUGCCAAAGCCGGAGACGCGAUGCUGACAUACGACGAUUUCGAACCUUUCUGCAGUUGGCGGAGAGAGGAAGGGAAAGAAACUCUUGUGGUCCAUGUCGCUGAAUUCAAGAGAGACCAAAUGAAAGUCCAUCUCAGCAACCGUGGCACCCUAAGGAUCACCGGAGAGCGCCCGAUUGACGGCACGAAACGAAGUCGUUUCACAAAGGAAAUCAAAGUUUCAAAGGACUGCAACCCAAAUGAAAUCAUUGCAAAGUUUACCAAUGCUGGCCUUCUCCAUAUUAUUAUGCCCAAAAAAACUUCAGUUGAGUUAGAGACCAAGCAAGAUCAACCCAUACAAGUAGUACCUGAACAACAGGGUCAGGCUCAGGAUCAGAACGCGCCGCCGAAAACCAAAGGGACUCAAGGUCAAGUGGCUGAGGAAUCAAGAAAGGUAUUUUCGGUGGCGAAGCAGACCAUAAUCAGGGAUCGGAAGGUGGUGAUGGGUGUUGCACUAGUGGUGGUGGUAACUGUCGUGGUGGCUCUUGGUGCUUUUGCAACGUACAAGUAUACAAGGCCGGCGCCUAAUGUUUAGGGUACUUGGUGACGUUGUAACAUGGCCCAAGGCACGCACUUUGUCACCUGCGUGAUAGAGCUGAGAGGUCCUGUGGAAAAAUAACUCGACAUAAAUGUUAGAUUAUAUAUCAAUUUAUUAAUAAGGUUCUCACUCAACAAAAAGUAUACUUCUGUUCAUAUUACUACUUUUUAACCGAGACAAUCUUUUUAAGGCAAUAAAAAAUUCUUACUAAGACCAAAAAUUCAAGACGGAGGGAAUAUAUAUAUAGAUAUGUUUGUUUAAGUUAGCAAUCUGAUUCAACCACUCUGUUUAGAUUUUCGGAAUUUAUGUACUACUCCAUCCGUCCUAAUUUAUUUGUUCCAGUUCUAUUUUAACUGGAUAAAAAAAACUUGUUAUAUCUUUAAAUUGGUAAAGAAUUUUAUAUCUAAUUUGAAUCUUAUUUGAUAGAUUUCGAUUUGUUCUAUAAUACAAUAUUUUUAAAAUCAUAUAAAACAUUGAUGUAAUUAAAACAUGAAAAGUAGCACAAAUUCCCAAAGGUGACAAUUAAAUUAGGACGGAGAGAAUACUUAGUUUUAAGUUUGUAAAGUGGUUAAAGUACCAAGACGUGAUGUUAAGUUUUCCCAUAAUCUCGCCAGGGCAGCCAUGCUUAGCUUGUUUCCUGUUUUGUUU